CUUCUGGGUGUCCUGUCUUCCAUUGCAGCCUUCAUGGCGUUGAUGGCUCUGUUUUUUCUUUACCUCAGCAACAAGCUGUCAGUGGAGAGUCCUGACGAUCUGUCACAGCUCAGUGGCUAUAAGAACAGCCAGCCAGAGCCUCUGAUGAGCUAAUCUAGCAGUCAGCGUGGCGACGGGAUCCCCGGCUGAGAGAUGGCCUUCUUCAAGAGCUUCCAGACCAACCUCCCAUCUGUCAACAUUUCCUCCAUCUUGGACUCGGUCACCAGUCGCGUGGACGACCUAGCCAACGCUGUCAGCGACGUUACUUACGCCGUCAGCGACCAACUGACCGAGCAGGUCACCACUAUCGUCAAAAAGGUGCAGGAUGAGGAAGAGGGGGAGAACAGCGGUAGCCAGGAGCCAGGUCAGACCUCGGCAGCGCAGGAAGGCAAGGCCAGCAGUAAAAGCAUGUGGCAAAUGUCGAGAGACUCAGAAGCAGGAAACACAGCGUCAAAGAGCAACCAGGCCAGUGAUACAACAGAGGCAGAGAACACUCAGAGCCAGCUGGAGUGGGAGUGGAGGGACGGAUGCUGGCGGGUGAAGAAGACAGAAGCCGAGUUAGCAGAGGAAGAGAAGAGGAAGAAAGAGGAGAAGGAGCUGUGGGAGAAGAGAGAACAGAGGAGAAAAGAAAGGAGAGAGAGGCAGCUGGAGAAAGAAGCCCAGUCAAGGAAAGAUAAAGAGGAAACUCAAGAUGGAGAGCAAGAGGAGGAAACAGAAAACUGUGGACAAGACAGAAAGGCAUGUGACAGUGGAGACCAAAGAGCUGAAGAACCUCCCCAGUCACCUGAGGGUGAAGGCAGCUUGUCAAAGCAGAACAAGCAAAAAGAAGAGGGAGAAGAAGAGGAAGCAGUGGACGACAGCCUAGAGAGAGAGGGAGAUGACGAAGAAGAGGCUGAGCCCUCUAGAUCUCCCUCAACGGGGAAGAAGAAAAAGUCAGACAAGAAGAAGGGGAAAGGAGCGAAGAGGGGUUCAAAAAAAUCGAAGGAAGACUCAGAUGGGGAGAAAAAGAAGGAGAAAAAGAAGAAAAGCAAGAAGAAAAAGAAAGGGGACAAAGAGGGAGUUUUAUCAGACAGCGAGGAGGAAAAAGGCCCCGAGGUUGUAGCCCAGCAGAACACCACCUCCGUGUGGAGCAACAAACAGUCCACUGAGCAGGGAGGCUACAGCAGCGAAGCCUCCAGUGAGAGAGCAGCCAACAGCAUCCAGAGAAUAAAGAAAGAGUCUUCCCUCAGCGAGUCCCAGCCUCCUCCGUACCAGGACGAGAGAUCGGCGGGGCGCGUCUCCUCACGUUGCCGCUCGGAGCGAGGGGUGAGGCGGGGGUCGUCCCCACAGCGCUGCGACAGCCCCCGCUGCUCCAGUGAGGCCAGCGUGGACCAGGAAACUGAGAGCUACCUCAACAAAGGCUGUGAGGAGGACAUACCCAGUGACAGCACCGCUGUGCUGGGACAAGAGGAUGGCUCCGGUCCUCAGCUUCCCUCAGCCUACGAGCCAGAGCCACUUGCCAAAUAUGGCACACUGGACGUCGCCUUUGAGUACGACUCCAGUGAGCAGUAUUUGGCCGUCACGGUCACAGCAGCUACAGACAUUCCUGCUCUUAAACAGACGGGCAACAUCGCGUGGCAGGUCCACCUGGUCCUGCUGCCCACCAAGAAGCAACGGGCCAAGACGGGCGUGCAGAAGGGCCCGUGUCCCGUCUUCACGGAAACAUUCAAGUUUUCCAGAGUGGAACAGGAGGCCCUGGGGGACUACGCUGUACGCUUCCGCCUGUACAGCAUCAGACGGAUGAAAAAAGAGAAAGUCCUGGGGGAGAAGGUGUUCUACCUGACUAAGCUCAACCUGCAGGGCAAGAUCGCUCUACCUGUCACCCUGGAGCCGGGCUCUGAACUUACAGGCUGCGGCUCUCUGGUGAGCGUGUCUCGCAGCGCGGGAGCUCUGUCCUGUCGCUCCACCGAAGACACCUCCUUGCCCGAGAUCCUCCUGGGUCUCAUUUACAACUCUGCCACGGGACAGUUAUCAGCCGAGGUCAUCCAAGGAAGCCACUUCAAAACCACAGCGUCGGAUAAACCCGUCAACGGUCUCUUCUGUUGUAUAAAACACUUUGUGGGGGGGCAGCUUUAUAUCAUGAGAGACACCUAUGUGAAGCUGACAAUGCUGGACUCCAAGGGGAAAGAGAUGUCCAAGUGCAAGACGGCCGUGUGCCGCGGCCAGCCCAACCCCACCUACAAGGAGACGUUCGUAUUCCAGGUGGCACUCUUCCAGCUGUCCGAGGUGUCGCUGGUGCUGACGGUGUUCUGCCGCCGGAGCAGCAUGAGGCCCAGGGAGAGGUUGGGCUGGGUCUCCCUGGGCCUCAACAGCUCCAGCGAGGAGCAGCAGGCCCACUGGGCAGAGAUGAAGGAGGCGGAGGGUCAGCAGGUCUGCCACUGGCACACACUCACCGACACAUAGGAGGAAGCUCUGCGAGGACUGAGCUCGCAAUCAGAGUGUGACGUGUGUGUGUGUGCUGCAUACAGGUGUGAGGACAGGCAAGGGUCCCCAGUCUUCACUGCCACAGACUGCAUGAUUGCCCUUUAAUCUGCCACUUUUCUCUGAGGCAGACAGACUUAAUUGGAGAGGGUGGAGGUGAACGCUCCAGCUUUUUUACUGACACAAAGAGGCGACGGCAGACUGAGAAGUAAUGACAUUAUAAUCACAGAGCUAACCGAGAGCAGAAGGUUUUUCCAGCGCUGAGAUCUGCAUGUACACACUAACUGUUUACAGGACAAUACUGAGACGCUUCCAAACACUCUCUGUCUCUGAAUCUUGGACCAAAGAGCUUUGGUCUGGGACUGACAGACUCCUCCCUGUGUCGGACUUCAGCUGCCACCAGCAUACCAGACAUUUCUCUAUCAUUGACAAAGGAGAAGGCGAUGAAAAAGACUGUUACAAAGGGCCUAAAACAUGCUGCAACUACGCUUUACAAGCUAUGCUUUGUACAGUUUGUUUACAUGCACAUGGCAUUAUGCAAGAUCCAUUCAUUGGUUUCCUCCUUCAUGUUUUUGGAUUAUCAGUCAAAUGGUUUACCAGUUUAAUGGAUGUCUCUCUGGGGCUUGUGUUACACAAAGCCAGAAUUUAUUUUCCUUUUUUGUGGUCUUGCAUAACUCGGUACACUAUGCAUCUGACGCCACUUUAAACGAGAGGAAUGAAAUUCUGUCUUGCACUCGCCCGAGUCUCUUACAGAAUUGGACACAGCUCUGCAUGCCAACGGUAUCAAAGAGCGGUUUCCUUUCCUGUGUAACACAGAUUGAGCCUCUUUCACCAUUCAGCCUUCUGACAACUCAGCCAUGUUCAUUCAUGUAGAAACACGGUGCUUCCCGCUGAGGAGGAAUAUGCAAAAAGCCUGCGCAGUCCAAUAAACCUGGCUGUUGCUGUGAGGCUGCCGAGGACAGCCUCGCCUGUCGGCCGUGAAGAGAGUUGGAGUGGCAAAAAAAAAAAAAUUGAAUUACAGGAAGAUGGUAAAUCAUAUUUUCUCAUUACACGUGAAUGAUGUGUUAUUAAAUAAAGGCUAAACAAUGAAUGCAAACGCUGUCCGAAUCUGGGAGGAAUCUGGUUGUACCUGCUUCGUCCUCAUAUGGAACCAAGCCAAUCUUUAAUCCCCAUUUGAGGGGAAAAUCUAUUAGACGUAAAAUCCCCAAAAAGACGACUGAAGACAGCCACACCCAUGUUUCGGUAAAAAGUGUAAAAACCCUCUCCCCUCUCUCUGCUGGCUGAAGCUAAAGGGUGUGGGACGCAUGUUUCUCUCCCCUCGUCCAAGCUGAUGUCAGGGCUGAACCUCUCCUCUGGGUUUGGGAUGCGUGAACAACACGUCGUCCCCUUCAGCUCCUCUGCAGGGACAAAUCUCUAUGAAGUCUUAUUUUGUAUGAGAUGAAUGAAAACCAGAUGUGUAGCAUUCCGAGCAGAUAAACAAUUGGCUUCUGGUUGCAGAGAGGGGAAUGACAGCCGAUGGAUCACGAGUUUGGCUUCAAUUUGGUCCCGGCACAGUUUGUGCUUUCACAGUAUUUAUAGCAGUGGAAUAACAGAGCACUGCCUUUUUUCAUAAAGUAAAAACAGAUACCACUCUCAUGUCUGCAUGAUAAAUAUGAAGCUACAGACAGCCCGCUAACUUAGCAUGAAGACUGUGACAGCUGUGGUGACAACAAGGUCACCAGUGAAUACACACGUCUCGCUCGUUGCGUGGAUUCAAAAAUGUGUCGUGUCUUGAGAGUUACGCUCAAGAUUAUUCCAUGUUUACGACACGGAUGUCUAAUAAGAACUGGACACAGUGCUGCUGCUCAUUUCUGCCUCCAAUUAUGUCCGGUGGGCAUUUGUGGUAUUGAAGCACAAAACAAGCCCCUGUGUGUAGAGCACCAUUAUAAAAGAGAUGCUGACAGGACACCUCAAACUGCAGACAAGGUUGAUUAGGACUCUCUGUAUUCUGAAUUUCUGAUUUUGAACAAGACUUUUAGAACUCGGCCAUCAAAGGCUCAAGAUGUCUGCAAGGGAGCCCUGAACCCUUGCGGACUUACCGGGAAUGUGCCUCAAAGUCCAGAGCGUGGACACUGGGAUCGGGCCAUAGAUUUCAAAUAGAACUUGGUAGCGAACACAAAGGUUGUACCCAUUGAGUCCAAUGAGAAUAGCUUGCAUGGCUGCCCUCCAGUUUUCAGAAGUUUUCUAGCCUCCAGGUUUACUUCCUGGUUGUGCAGCCUGUUGACGCCCGAGACAUCCUGCUCUGCCCACCAGACUUUACAUUUUGAUGACAGAGCAGAUUUUUAAAUAGCUUUUUCUCUGUUCGAGGAAAGUUUUACAAAUACAACACCUCCAUAGUCAUAAACUGUCUUGAUUUGUGCAGUUCAAGGUGUCCUCUCAACAGUUUGUAAAUACAUCAGUAAAUUCAUGGACUGUCUAGGCAACAGUGUUAGAGCCAGUGUCCUGCUCUUAUAAUACAUCUAUGGGCUGAGGACAGUAUUCUCAUGAUGUCUUUCUGCGUUGAAGUCAGUCUAUUCUGGGAAAUAGUCUGCCCCACAGCCUCCAUGGCUUUGCAAAUUGUCACUUUCUACACUCCUUUAUUGGGUAAAUCAUAAAAACAAGAUCUAACAUGUUGAUAAGUAAACUUUAGAGAUGCUUGUAACAGGUUUGGUUUUCUGGUUGGACAGAAUCAGACUGUCCCAUUUCCCCCUUGUUUCAAAUCUUUGUGUUAAGCUACCUUGUAGAGCCCGACCGAUAUCACGGUUGGCCAAUAUACACUGACGUAGAACUUUUUUCUUUAAAUUAAAUUAAAUUCCCAGAGAAGUUUAGUUUUUCAGUGCACUGAUGUCAUUUUAGACGAUAAAGUUUAUUGCUGUCAGAAAAACUGUAAAAAGAAAUACUGCCACAGUGACAUGUUAACACAAGGGCUUGAUAACCACAUCGGAGGGAUUCAUCGCAAAAAAUGUGCUUAUGCAGACGAAUAGUCCAUUAUUUAUUACUCAUCAACCCAAAAAAAAUCCAGCAUGGCUCAGGCUCUACUAUCUGUUUAACUGCAGGUUCAUUUUUAUCACACAGUCCUUAGAGUGGUAUCAGUCAUUCAUCAAAGAGACUUACUCUUAAAGCAAGUAAACGUAGCGUAUACAUACCCAAAAAGUCAAACAAUGUCUUUAAAUUUUGAUUCACUCUUCUUAUUGACACUGUCAAAUAGUUUAAGUGCAGGAAUGUGUUGAGAAGAAAAGAAUGAGGCCACAAGUCAGGUAAUGUUUUAACAAUGUUGAGAGUUUUUAUUUCCAUUUAUCUGGCCUUCAAUGGUUUGUUCAACGCUGUCAUCAGUCAUCAGUCUGGUACAGCUCAAGCAGCGUUGCAGGUGGCUGGAGCCUCGCCCACGGGCGUGGAUCAGUCCCUGGAGCACAUAGUUUCCCCCAACAACUCCUUACACCUACAGCAGAGUGACUGCAGCCUUCCAGGGAAAUCUCACCCUGCUCUGGGCCACGGAAAACCAGCUGUGCCACAGAUCCUACAGGGGAUUGGAGGAAUGUGAUGUUCUAAAAUACCAGCCGACCCCCGUCUGUGGCCUGAGGACAGGUUGAGAGGCAGCCAGGUAAUUACGAGGAACCUGGAGCUUGAAUAAAAAUGUUAUGUUAAGAUGUGAGGAGCCGGGCUGUUGUUUCAAGACUGGUGCAGCAGGAGGGUAAAUUUGGAUUCGUUUAAGCUGUAAAUUUACAUGUUAUUAGGAAUCUGUCUCUCAGUUCAAUGUUGUUUUUUUCCCACUGGAGGGCCCAGAGAGCAGCGGCGGCAGCAGGCACCUGGAGCAGGUAGAGAUUUGGCUUCAAAGAUGUUUUACUGCCUGUCCAGUGGCUGUUGCAGAAGCUUAGUUUACAACACUCUGUUACAUCUCGCUGCUCUCAGGUCAGUUAAGUUCCCCCUUCAAGCAUCCAGUGGCACCAGCUAGUUCUCCUCGGCAAUAAAAUAAGCUGACGGCUCAAACGGGUUGGGACCUCUCCGCGAUUAAGAAUAAUGAACUACAAUGUCUUGUCAUUUUAUUGAAUGUGUCAUCAGUUUAAAAAGAAAUCUUUUUUUAAUAAUAUAUUCAAUAAAUAUACAGGAACCAUGGA